UCGUAGACAUUGCAAUUGGUGCAGUGGCUGCUACUCCUAGCACAUUGCCACCACACUCCUUCUUUACCACUCUACAGCUAUGGUAUGCAAGAAAUGCGAGAGUAAAACCUCCAAAGUCGCUGCUCCCGAUCCGUUCCAGUCUACCUCACAAAGCAUCAAGGAGGGGUCUAGGAAGAUCGGUGAGAACAAGCUACUUACACGACCAGGAAGCUCGAAGAAUAGGUUCCAGCCGUAUCAGGGUAAGUGUAGGGACUGCAAGUCUACGGUUACCCAGAACAAGGCGAAGUACUGUCAUGGUUGUGCGUACAAACGAGGUGUAUGUGCGAUAUGCGGCAAACGCGUUCUUGAUACGACUGGAUAUGUCAUGUCAUCCAAGUAACCUGGGCAGCUUUCCCCACGAGGCCAUUGUGCACUCACCCAAGGUCCACUCGGCAUACUUAUGAAGC